AUGGCUAAUGUAUCAUAUAGAUAUGACACAUUUAAACAUGAUUAAUGGAUUGCAGGAUUUGGAGUUCCUGGAUUACUCUUAUGGGUUCUUAUAAUACCUCUCAUCUUUUGGUAUGUUUGUUAUUAAGGAGCUUAAUAAAUGAAAUUGAAUUCUUUUAGGUUCAGUCAAUCAUGGGGUUUCUUUUAUCAUGAAUACAGAAGAAAUAGAUAUUAUUGGGAAUUCCUUAAAAUAUUUUAUAGAUCUUUAAUUAGCGUUCUUAUUUGCUACUUUUAAGAAGAAAUCACUGUUAAAGUAUAUUUUAUUCAUAUAUAUAGGGUAUUCUAUCAUUUCUUGUUGUCUAUGCUUAUUAUGGACUUGCUACUCAUUUUAAUCCAUACAAUUUAAGAGUAAUCAAUGAUCUAGAUUAAUUAUCGACUGUUGUAUUAUCUUUAUCCCUAGUUAUCGGAGUAUUUCUUUAUAGAACUAUUGAAAUCAACUUUUAUGGUCUUACUUAUGCAGGAUAUGUUAUUAUUGCACUUUUAAAUGCUGUUUUCCUACUUCUAUUUUUUUAUAAUCUUUUUAAAGGAAAACUUUAAGAAUUUGGACCAAAACUUGAUGAACUUAGAGAAAAAAUUAAAGAAAAAUAACCACAUCUUGAAAAUAAUCCUCGUCUUAGACCAUAUUUAGUAAAUUAAACUAAACUUAAUCAAAAAGCCAGAUUUGAAUGGACUGUCUUGAGUAAAAUUGUUAAUUUUGGAAUCUAAUAAUGGAGAUUAGAUAAAACAAAGCCAUUAUAAUUCUUUAGAUAGUAAUUUUAUUAAUAUAAAUUUUAGUGUUGAACGUACAAAGAGUGAAUAUAACAACAAAAUAAACUAGAUACAUUAAGAGUUUGGUUCUGAAGGAGAUGAAUAGAGUUUAUUAUAUGGUGAUGGAUAAAAUUCAAUUUAAAUGUCUUAAGAGAAACUUUAAGAUGAAGGAAAGGAGGAUUAUAAAUAUCAUUGA